AUGGCUAUUAAAGACCUAUUCAAGCUGAAAAAGAAGGAGCAACAACCAAAAGUUGAAGCAAAAGAUUCAAAAUUCCAAUCAAGUGGUUCUCAAGGAUUCCAAGGUCCUCAAGGUAUUCAAAAUACCCAAUCUCAAGGCACUCAAGGUCCAUUUACUGAUAGUUCUGAAAAUGUCCCAUCAACUUCAACUUCAUUCACUUCAAAUAAUACAGAUUUUAUUCCAACAAGUUCAAAUUCAAAUAUUUAUAAUCAAUAUAAUAAUUUAAAUUCAAAUCAAGAUAUUCCAAGAGAAUUAGUACCAAUUAUUACAUUGAUUAAUUGUCAAAAUUCAAGAAUUUAUCUUCAAGAUCAAUUAUACUUAAAUAUUGAAAAAAAUGAUGGUGGUUUAGAACAAGAUUUAUCUUACCAAAUUGUUGAUGGGUUAAUUAAAGGUAAUCAAUUGAUUUUACAUAAUUCAAAUAAUGAAUUUAAACCAAUUUCAAUUAAUUUAUUAGAAGCAACCGUUAAAUUAGUUGCAAAUGAAUUAUCUUUAAUCCUUUCAUCAUCAAAUAAAUUAGCAUAUCAUUUAAAAUUUACUUCAUUAGAUCAAUUACAAAAUUGGAUUAGUUCUAUAAAAUUAUCAAAUUUUGAAUUUAAUCAUUUAAAUCAAAGUUAUACUGCUUCUUUAUUAAGUUCUAAAGCUACAUUAUUAUCUGAUAUUCAUGUCUUAAUGGCUGAAACUAAAUAUAAGACUGGUGAAUGGGUUAAUAUUAAAUUUAAACAAGAUUCAAAUUGGAUUAAAUCUUAUUGUAUUAUUACACCAAGUGAUAAAUCUAAAAAAAAUAAGAAAGUUAAAAAUGGUUCAAUUCAAUUUUAUACUUCAUCAAAAGCUAACAAGAAACAUUUAAUUUGUUCAAUUAAUUCAAUUGAUUCAUGUUUUGCAGUUUAUCCAAAUCAUGUUGAUUUAAUUGAUGAUUCUACAUUAUUAAGAUUAAAUGGUGAUUUAAAUAUUUAUAACCUAGGUUUAAAAAUUGAUGAUAUUGAUACAGAUCCAACUUCACCAAUUUCAAGAACAAAUUCAAUUAAAUCAAAUUCACCACCACCAUCUGGAGGAGGAAAUCUCGGUGGCUUAAGAUCAAGAUCAAAUUCAAAUAGAUCACAUCUUAGAUCUUCAUCAAUUUCUUCAAUUGGUUCAUCAAAAUCUUUAAAAUCUUGGAAUAUUAAUAAUACUUCACUUUAUAUUUUACCAAAAACUCAUAAUGCUGUUAAGAAUUUUGAAACUUUAAUUAGAUUUUUAUUACCAUUAUAUGAUUCAUUCCAAUUAUAUGGAAGACCAAAAAGAUUAAUUUCUGAAAAAAAUGAUUAUGGUUCUUUAUUAUUUGGAUUACCAAGUUUACCACAUACUGAAUAUUUAACUUCACAAUUAGCUCGUGAUUUAAUUCAACAAUCUUGGUCAAAAAUUUUAACAAAUGAUGAAUUUUUCAAUUAUAAUUUAUUAUUUUCCAACAAGAUUCAAUCAUUAUAUCAAUCAACCCAAGGGUUUAAAGGUUUUGGUGAUUUGAAGAAAACUUUAAAUAAUGAAAUUACAUUUGAAGAUCCAAUUAUUAAAUUUAAUAAUAAUUUAACUAUACCAGAUUUUCAAAUUGAUCCUCAACAAACUCCAAAAUAUGCUUUUAGUAUUAAUGAUUUACCAAUUAAUGCAAAUGAUAAUUCAAAUUCAAACUUUAACUUAAAUGCUCCAUUAAGUGCAGGUCCAACUUCAUCAACAACUCCAGUUCAAGGUCAAGGUCAUUUAAGAAUUCCAAGUUCUUCAUCAAAUUUCCAAAAUCAAAAUCAAUCAUUAUUAAAUUCUUCAUCUUAUUUACAAAAUUCUUUAAAUUAUGGUAAUAAUGGUAACCAAGUUCCAAUUAUUAAAUCACCAAGAUUAAGAUCAAAUUCAACAAAUAUUGGUAAUUCAAAUUCAACAAAUUUUGGUCCAAAUUUAUCAAUUAAUAAUACUUCAAAUGGUAAUUCAAAUCAAACUUCACCAAUUUUAUCAAAUGGUUUUACAAAUGAUAAAACUAAUCCAACAAAUUCAAUUCCAGCUGUUGCAUAA